GCUGGCCUGGAGGGUCAGCCGCAGCGCCCAGCUGGCCGGCGGGCUGGUCGGUGGCGCCGCCCUGGCAGCCCUGCCAAGAACGCAGCAGACGCCCGGGGGUGGUGGCGGCGGCGGCGGCGGGAGGACUGUGCUGUGCUGGCGGUGCGGGUGUCGCUCCAGCCCGGGGGCACCUCGCUCGCUGCGGAAUCAUCUGGGUGAAAGAGCCCCUGAGCGCCUGCAGAGUGCCUCUCUGUCAGCCGCGGUGGCGUCCGGGAAAACGUGGGACCGCGGAGGCUGCCCUGUGCCUUGGGAAUGAAUCAGUCGUCUGAGUAGCGCUGAAAGGGGCCAGGAAAUGGGGCCCGCCCCAAAGAGUCGCCCUGAAUGAUGCCCAGGGGCCGUGCCUGGACCCAGCAGGAGAUCGGCUGCCUCCUGGCUCUCAUCAGAGGCUGCAGGGAGGUGAUGCUGCUGAUGGCCUCCACUUCGCGGCCCAACGAGGCUCUGUGGCGCGAGAUCUCGAGGAAGCUGGCGGCAGCCGGGUACAGCCGCAGUGUGGCCCAGUGCCGGUGCAAGUGGAAGGCCCUCAAGCAGGCCUUCUACUCCGAGUGGGAGACGCGCCAACAGGGCAGCUGCCACUCCCCCCGUGUGCCCCCCCACUACAAGAACAUGGAGAAGAUCUGGAAAGUUGCGGGGCGGCCCGUCUUUGGGGAACGGUGCCUGCCGGAUCUGGGGGAGCCGCCUCCCCACAAGAACAGGCGCAAUUCAGAGGCCAGUCCAUCCCCCUCCUCAACACAGCCACAAGGUGCAGCAUGCAGCAGAGAUUCCUCUUCUGAGCGCCAGCGGUCCUUGGUCCCAUUGGCAGGAAACCAGCCUCUGCCAGUCCGUGCCCAAGAGGACUCGCCUGAGAAUGCAGAAGAAAAACAGAUGGCAAUGGGUGAGCAGGCCUCAGCAUCAGGUGUUCAAGUGCCCAGCAUGGUCAGCCUACUCCAGAGCAUGCAACAGAUCCUGGUGCAGAUCCUGUGCACGUCGCAGCAGCAUCAGCUCCUCCUGGAAAGCCUGGCCAGCGACACCGUCUCCCACCUGCACGUCAUCUCUGACAACCUGGCACAGGUGGGUGAGACUCUGCAGGAAUUGCUGGUCCAGAGCCAUGGCCACUCCGCUGCCACCUUCGCCGAUCCGUACAGCCUCCACACACCCAUUUGUGAGAGCACAUCCCAGCCCUGUUCCCCGGGCAUCCCACCCGGCUCUCCUUAUCUGAAAGCAGCAGCGGCCUCGUUGCUUGACCUUGGCUUCCACCCUCACCGCUUGGUGCUGCGCUGAGCCGGCUCAGCCUCCCGCCCAGGCUUUUGUGGAUCCAGCACCGGGGACACAAUUUGCCUCUCUGGGCUAAGGAUGUACAUUUUCCAACGUCAGGAUCCAUAUCCUUCGGGGAAAGCUUUCAGACUUUUUGUACAAUGUUAUUUUUGUAAUGAAAUUAAAAGUGAGGAAAGGUGUUCAGCCCUUUUCUCACACAGCAGCAUCAGAGCCAUGGAGAGAAAUGGAGGGCUGUGGAUGCCCUGGCUGACCCAGGGGGCAAGGCAGAGUGGCUGGGUGUUAGAAUGGUUCAGCUGGGCAAGGAAGAAACAGAAAGGCAACCCCAGCCAGCUGCGUGAGGCCGGCACCCAAAGCUGUUUGAGAUGGACACUCUCACCUGGGUCACAUGUAAGGCUCAGGGUGAACGUGCAGGUGUGUGGGUCCUCACAGGAGACAGUAGGUAUGUUUUGCUCCUCCUCCGGUCUUGAUGUGGUCACUGGCCAGGCUUAGCAUGUCAUCUGAACCCUGGAGCGUGGUUUGUCUUGCUCCAGACAAACCAUGAGUGUAGCCUACAUUUGUUCUUGAGUUUACGCUUAGACACUUAGCGCUGCCACGAGCCAGGGUCUAAGUGAAUGACCUCUGAGGUCCCGGUCUUGCAGCAGAACUUCUGGCUGCUCCUCUAGGCAGAGGCUUUGCAACACCCACUCCUCAGGGGUAGCCAGUGUGGUGCCUUCCAGAUGCUGUUGGACCACAACUCCCAUUAUCCCUGACCACUGGCCAUGCCGGCUGCUGGGGCUUGGAGUCCCACCACCGUUGGGGACACCACAUGUGUUACCUCUGCCCAUACCUGAUCCCCCCAGGGGUGGAACAGCUGCAGAGACUCCCCCCACCUGCCCCCUCACUCAUCAUCAUGGGCCCACCCUAUGGCUGCUGGAUCCUUCCUUUGGGCCUGCAGCUUUGAUUGGAGCAUAUUUUUGAUACUCUCAGAGGUUACAUCUUUGAUUCUUCCUGGUACAGCAAACUUUACUAGUCCAGGGGGGCAAAACAGCUGCUGCCAGUGGCAUUUAUUCAGCCAGAUAAGCACAGAUAAGGGCACAUCCACAGCUGAAGCUGGCCCUUAAAGAGCACACACACACACCCAGCUCUGAGAUCCUUGUCACCUUUCAUUUUGUAAAGUACGUCUCCAUCCCUCUUACUGAUGAGGAGGGGCGGGAUCCAAGAGGUCAGGGGGCCGGAGCACCCAUCCUGCCUGGUUGCUGUGUGGAAGGAAGCCCCCUCCCAGCAAGCUUCAGGAAGGGUUCAGAUAUUAGCGAGAAGCAUGCAGGCACUUGCUUUUUGUUUAUUUUUUAUUAAAGUUGAAUUAUAUUUAUUUUAUUUAUUAAACAAAAUUUAUGUACUGUUUUGAUUGUAAAAAAACUCUUAAGCAGUUUAUAACAUUAUCAAUAAAAACAGUUAAAACA